AUUUCCUCAGAAGCAGAGGAACAGAGCGACGUGUCGGUGCUGGAUGUGAAGAUGGGGCACACUUUGUUUCGUGUGCUGGAGUUAUUCUUGCUGAAUACACUCCUCUACGUACACACUGAAGUUUCCAACAAGGCCAGUUUGACCCUUCAACCCAACUGGCCUCAGAUAUUCAAAGGUGAGACGAUCACUCUCAGAUGUCAGAUCCAGGGAGGUGGAGGCACUGAUUGGACGUAUGAAUGGAUACCAGACAGAUUAAUAAACACAUCAUCAACAAACAAUGAAUACAGGAUCAGCAGCGCUACUGAGUCCGACAGUGGAGAAUACAGGUGUAAAGGAGCACCACCUACAGAGGCGAUCUCAGCCCAGGCAGUGUUCAGGGAGAAGAAGGAGAACAUGGUGAUCCCGGUCCCUGAAAGCAGAGAGGAAUACCACAUACUACACAGUCUGAGCAAGAAGGAGAGGCCAGUUCUGCGAAUGAGGAUGACUACACUGCUAAAGAGUCGGUGUAUAUUACUGGGUAAGGAAGAGGAAGAAACUGUCGCGAGGUCCAUCAGAUGGUUCCUCACAUCAACAGGAGAAAAGAAACGGAUCCCCAACAACGCGCCCUACGUGCCUUCAGACGCAGAAACCGAGAAGAUGCCGACCAGGAAGGAUAAUCUUGUCUGGCUGACUUCGUCUUUUGGAGGGAAAAAGACGUUUCUCUCUUCGCGCCGCAGCCACCGAACAGCCGCGUGCGCGAGUAGUCCGCGUGUGAGGUGUUCAAGGAACAUCAGGGAAGGAAGUACUGACCAGCUAUAUGUAGAAGAAAUGAAAAAAAAGAAGAAGUCUUUCUCUCUUCCCUGUCUCUGCUGCGUAAUUAUGAAAACAAAGUCGAACAUUUCCUCAGAAGCAGAGGAACAGAGCGACGUGUCGGUGCUCGAUGUGAAGAUGGGGCACACUUUGCUCCGUGUGCUGGAGUUAUUCUUGCUGAAUACACUCCUCUACGUACACGCUGAAGUGGAAAACCCUAAACCCAGACUGACAGUAGACACAAACAUCAUACACAGAAAGAACAAUGUGACACUGACCUGUUCUGUGGAGGGCUCCGCUGUCUGGAAAUAUGACUGGUUCAAACGUACAUCUGACUCCUCUGAAGCUCAGUCCAUAAGGAAUGGUGUACCAGAGAACAUUACCCAUGUCUCAGAAGAAGGUCUGUACCACUGCAGAGGAAGAAGAGGAGAUCCACCGUUCUACACAGAGUACAGCAACGAAGUGGCCAUUCAGAAAUAUGUUUCCAACAAGGCCAGUUUGACCCUUCAACCCAACUGGCCUCAGAUUUUUAGUGGUGAGACGAUCACUCUAAGAUGUCAGAUCGAGGGAGGUGGAGACACUGAUUGGACGUAUCAAUGGAUACCAGACAGAUUAAACACACCACCAACAAACAGUGAAUACAGGAUCAGCAGCGCUACUGAGUCUGACAGUGGAGAAUACAGGUGUAUUGGUAGAAGGGACUCAUAUUCCUUUACAGACUGGAGUGAUCCCAUCACAUUGACAGUAUCAUCAAACAGACCAAAGGCUGAACUGAGUGCUGAUGACAGAGACAUUCCAGUAGGGGGCAGUGUGACCCUGACCUGCUCUGUGAAGACAUCAUCAUCUGGUUGGAAGUACUUCUGGUACAGAGGAGAGAAAACCUCUGAACCCCUGAACACACAAGAUGUUUUACUCUCAACUGGACAAAUCAGUGUCUCACAGGAAGGAGUCUACUGGUGCAGAGGAGGAAGAGGAGAGCCAGUUUACUACACAGAGUACAGUGAUUCAAUCAGUAUUAACAAAAGUGACACAAACAAGGCUGUUGUGACUCUGCAACCAAACUGGUCUGAAAUCUUCAGUGGAGAGACGAUCACUCUCAGAUGUGAGAUCAAGAACGGAGGAGACACUGAGUGGGAGUAUGAAUGGAAAACAACCAGCUCAGAAAAACCUUCAAACCAAAAAGAAGUCAGUAUUAGAUCUGCUUCUGGAUCUCACAGUGGAGACUACAGGUGUAAGGGCAGAAAUAAAAAUAAACAGUCAACAGACUGGAGUGAUCCCAUCAAACUGACAGUAUCAGACGAACCCCUUCCUGUCCUCACUGUGUCUCCAUUGUGGCUGAAUGCUGGAGACUCAGUAACUCUGAACUGUGAGGUUAAACAUCCAUCUGCAGGAUGGAGGUUCUACUGGUAUAAGGCUGUUCCCAAACUACCAAACAACUUCUACAGCGUUGAGCUGCUACCUGGCAGCAGCAAUGGGACUGAACAGGAUUCCUACAUCGUUGAUGGACAAACUGGCACAGCACGAUAUGUGUGCAGAGCUGGAAGAGGAGACCCAGUGUAUUACACUCAGUACAGUAAACCUAAACUUGUCUGGUCUGGAGCAGUGUCCAGGCCUGAAAGCUCUUCAUUUUCCGUCGGGUUGAUUGUUGGUCUGGUUUGUGGAAUCGUACUUCUUCUUCUUCUGUUCCUCUUGUAUCGCUACAGAUCGUCUAACAAUUCAUGCUUCAUCAGGCAAAGUCAGUCUGAGAGAACCAAUCAGGGCUCUGACACAAAUCAAGUGGUCAACCAGAAUGAGGCUCAAGGUGAAGUAUACUCCAAUCUUCUCAAUGGUGAUGAUUGUGUCUAUGAAACAAUCAAAGGCCCUGAAGACACUGAAAAUGAUGAAUACCAGAAUGUGGCAUCGUCUUCAAUUGAACUGAAGAAAGUUGGAUAAAACGGGAAGCAACAUGAACCAGAGGAGAGGAGAGCUCUGUUUACUGUGAUAUGAAGAUAUGAAGUACAGUCAGGCUCAAAGUUUGUAUUGAAAUGUGUCAUAUUAUUACACAGGAGGUCAUUAUGGGUCAGCAUGCAGUUCAGUUAAUGUCAGGCAGCUUCGGUAGCUGUUACAUCUUACCACUAGGUAUCACCAGAGAUGGAAAUUGACAAAUCUUACACAUAUUUAGGCUUUUUUAGAUGUUUGGGUGUUUUUAAGUUUGUCUGUUUCAUACACAGUAUGUGAUUAUUAUUUUAUGUUGUGUGUCAUUUGUUUGCACAGCUGGGUUGUUUUUCCAUCUCACAGAUAUGACAUAAAACUGAAUUGUCCUAUUUGUUUCUCUCCAUGCUGUUGUAGAUUGUGAAAUAUUUGGUACAUGCAAAUUUCCUCUCCAUCUUUUCAUUUUUAUCUUCAUCAUUCGUCUUUAAUGCUUCUGUAGAGUCAUAAAAAAUUAAAAGCAUCCAACAUUUUGUUGAUGUUUUCUUCCAGGUCUGUAAAGAGAUCUGUAUGAAAUCUGUAAGAAAAAAUGUUGUUUUU